AUGGCGCCUUCCAACCUACAAGGGCUUAAUAUCGUCCAGCCCAUGACAAGCGAUUCUGACUCGCAGGACUUGAUUCCACCGUACCCAGAGCUCGCUGCACAGCUAGAUCUAUGGGCAAACAUCACCUUCGACAAUGAAGAGGCGCAGCCCCACGGGCACAUCGAUGACAGGCGCGACGACGAGGGGGACGACGACGAGGGGGCUCGGGGGACGCUGCACGAUACCAGUGCCAGCAGAACGAACGGCGGGAAUAACGUCGGCUCUAUCGCAGCGGCACCAGCUGCGCCCCCAUUCCAGCUGAAUGAUAUCAGUGCAUUUUUGUCCGGCUUUGGCAUGGCUCCAUUCCCCGUGCCGCCGUCCCAGCCGCAGGCCGCCGGUAUAUCCCCAUCGCUCGUACAGCUCUUAGCGAUGCAGGCCGCCUUGAAACCACAACCCACCAUCGACACCCAAUCGCACAUUACAACUAGCUCCAGCGCUACCUCCUUCUCUGCUUCGUCAGAAGAAGCGCAGCCAACGAAACGUGCUCGCACUCGCAAGACUUCCAUUGAUUCCCCUAUCUCUGAAGCGCAAUCACCAAUCUCGACAGGCCCCCUGUCCGCGGCCGAGGACAAACGUCGGAGGAACACUGCUGCGAGUGCUCGCUUCAGAUUGAAGAAGAAGGAGAGGGAAGCUGCGCUCGAGGGGAAAGCGAAGGAGCUGGAAACUAGAGUGAACGAGUUAGAGAAGGAAUGCGAGGGACUUCGUAGAGAGAAUGGUUGGUUGAAGGGUCUCGUCGUUGGGGUUACAGGUGCUGCAGCAGGUCCCGUCCCUGUCCCGACCAUGGAGAGCGUAGCAGCCGGGCUGAAGCGACCGAGGGAGGAAAUCAGCACUGACCCAUGA